GGAGGGCAGGCGGCUGGCCGGCUGCAGUGUUUUGGCCAGCACUGGUCAGACUUGCCCCACACGCUCUAUUAACCAGUGUUUCCGUAUUCCUGGCAGUUUUUCCUUGCACCGAGCACCGCCAAGCAGCACCAGAGAGGCACGAGUACGUAAGAUAUAUUCGCCUUUGCCUGGUUUCGGUGUCAUGAAGGUAACCUGGCGGCUGGCUCCUCCACUGAGAUCGCCGCCGAGGGCCGCCAUCAUGGAUUCCUGCCUGUUCCAGCUUAUCCCUCAAGACCUCUUCGUUGACACUGUAGAGUCCAACAACUCCCUUGCCUCUGCACUGACCUGUCUCUUCGCCAACACUGAGGACAGCACUGCCCGCCUGUCACCUCCCUUGGUCCUUGAGGCUCAUCGCUUUAAGGACCACCUCUCUGCCAAGUUCGAGUGGGAUCUGACACUUACGGACGAGGGGGAGUGGGAUGAGGUGGGCGAGGUGGGGGAGUUGAUUGUUUACCCUCUCAAGUCAGGCCGCGGGGUCAAGGUCACUGAAGCGGAGGCGACCCGAUAUGGCCUGGCUGUUGACCUAAUGGAAGACAGGUCAUUCGUGGCGGCGUACCCCAGUAAUGUGUUGAGGGGGAAGUUUGAUAGCGGGAUGUUUGACCUAACCUUGACCCUGGACGGCAGUAUGGUCACCUUGAGAUGUAGGCAAGGGAAAGAGGAGGAAGAGAAGGAGGAGGUUCACUUUGACCUGCAGGACGUGAUGAAGGAGGGGAAAGUGGUCGAGAUCCCGGACUAUAGAUAUGAUGUGAAGGGAUAUGAUUGCGGGGACGAGGCGGCGGCGUGGCUCACCAAAGUCACGCAAGCCACACGCAAGGGGGAAAAUGUCAGACUGGUGUACAACGGUGACUUGAUGAGGAACAGGCGGCCAGAAACGGUACUGAAACUGAAUAUGCACAAGACUUACACCUACCGAUUCUACAAGCCUUCUGACAGGGUGACGUACGCGGAGAGCGCUGCCUACAUGCUGGCCUCAGAGACCUCGCUGGCGGAUCUCAACGAGCGACUGUUGAAGAAGGUGACUCUGGACUGGUUUAGACCCAACCUGGUGGUGCGGGGCGUACGGCGAGCCUACGACGAGGACGACUGGGCCUACGUCAGGAUCGGGGACGUGGUACUACGCCGCGUGAAGCCCUGCACCAAACACGUGUUCAAGUACGUGGAUCCUGAGACCGGCGAGAAGAGCACGAAUCAAGAGGAUCGCGUGCUAAGGAAGACGCUUAUCAGUUCCCGCAAGAUUAAGGGACCAAAGAGCCUGGAAUACUACUUUAAGUAUACCCCAGUGUUUGGAGUGCAUCUGGGCAUUGAUAGUUGUGGGAAGGUGCGUGUGGGUGACAAGGUAGAGGUGGCGCGGGUGUCCUCCAACCCUCGCUGGGAACUGUGAAAGAGAGAGAGAGAGAGAGAGAGAGAGAGAGAGGAGAGAGAGAGAGAGAGUCUGUUUUGAAUUGAUUAAAAGUUUAACAAUAAAUUAUGUAUGUACUCACCUGUUUCAUAUUUAUUUUCCCACUGUCAUUAUUUUUUGUUUGUUGUAUAUUUGUUGAUUGCUUGCUGUUGUUGUAAUGUAAUAAAAUUAUUACUAUUGUA